CACCCACCGAAAUCAAAAUAGUUGGUUUCAACGGUUUCUGUAAUUUCCCGGACAACGACUUCUCUGCAUUUUUCAAUCUUUUCUUCAUCCCAAUUGAUCCACCAUAAAGUUGCAAAGAACCGGUGUAGAGGGUUACUGCAUAGAAUAAAGAUGAGAUUCUCCACUUUGCACUGGGAGUUCUGGAACAUCUACAUUUCUGAUCAAGUGAAGAUUUUCUUUGUUCGACCAAAUACUAAACUUAAGGUCUACUAGAUUGAUCUUGGUCAAAAUGGCUGCAAAAGGCAUGUCAUAUUUUAAAACAAAGAGGAAUAUGCAACGGUUUACUACAAUUCUAACAUCUACAGCUUGUGAAUGGUUCUUGAUCUUUCUGCUGCUUAUUGAAGCUGUCUACUCAUUUCUGUUGACAAAAUUUGCUGUUUAUUGCAAAUUGCAAUUGCCUUGCAUUUUGUGCUCCAGGCUUGAUCAUUUGUUAGGCAAUGAAAGGCCUGAAUUUUAUCGAAAUCUUCUUUGCAGCAAUCACAAAUCACAGAUAUCAUCUUUAAUUUUCUGUUGUAAGCAUGGUAAGCUUGCCGAUGGCUGUUCAAUGUGUGAUGAUUGUCUCUUGUCAUUCUUGUCAAACAAUUAUUCCAACGCAGAUAUGCACAUACUACUUUUUGGAAAAUUGGGGUUUGAUCUUGUUGGUUGUGGUUCUCCAAGCUCAAAUCCAAACAAGGAUUUUAAAAGCUCGUGUUCAUGCUGCAAUAAGCCUUGGAAGUCGGGACAAAACUUGCAAAGACUACUCCAGUUAAAAUCACCUGGAACUGGGGUGACUGAACCUAAUUCUUUUGUGCCAUCUUUAAGCCGCCAGGGCGGCAGGAAGAAAACAAGGGGUAAAUUUUCUGGACAAUCCAUGGGAUCUUGUCUUGUUGGAAGUUGUUCUGAUUCCUUAUCUCAGAUUCAAUCCAUCGAGCUGAAAAUCGCUUCCAAUUCAGAGUCAGAGUUCCUAUUCCAUAAUCAUGAUGCUUUUACUAGUGUAAUUCGUGAUAUAAAUGAGGCAAAGGAUGAUGCUGACAAACCCCAUGAUAUAAAAUGUUUGACUCCUAAUGUAUUUGGUUCGCACAACCUGACUGAGCUUAACUGGCAGCAUUGUCAUCAGAAAACGUAUUCUAAUCCGCUGCCAGAGCUUAUUUCACCAGAUGAAAUUUCCCACCCAUAUAACACUUCAGAAGUUCCCACUGGAAAAUCACCAAUCUGUCAGAGCAUCAAUCAUGCUGCAAUAGCUGACCCUGUCUCUCUACUUAAUAUGAACCCAUCUUCUGAGGCUGAAGAUGUACCUGUUGAAGUACUGCCAAAGAAGGCAAACAUCAACAGAAUAACCAAUAUUCAACAUGCUUCCAUUAACUCUCAUGAAGAAAUAUUGAAGUUGCUAUGUGCAAAAGCUGGAGCAGAUACUAAAAAUGAUCAGGUUCUGAGUAACCUUGCUCCCAUGAAUCUGACUUCUGAGGAUCCAGGUGAUGCCUUUAAGAAUGUUGUCAAUGAAAAGGAAACAGAAGCAACUGUUGCACAAAAAACUAUUGAGGAACAUGAUAGAGAUUCUCAAAAUCUGAAUCUGUUGUCUGUUGAGGGAAUUAAUUUACCAGUGAACAAUAUGAGUGACAAUGUGCAAGGUUGUGGUAAUGAAUUCCAGAUAACUGAUAAUUUUGGCUCUAACAAAAUUCAAAUUGUUCAGAAGUCUAAUUUGGCAGACAGAGCCGAGUCUGCUAGUCUUGAAUCAUUUGAUGGAAGCACUGUUAGUGAAAUCGAAGGUGAAAGUACUAUUGAUAGGUUAAAGAGGCAGGUUGAAUAUGAUCGUAAAUGCUUGAAUGCUCUGUAUAAGGAAUUAGAUGAAGAAAGAAGUGCUUCUGCGGUUGCCGCAAAUCAGGCAAUGGCCAUGAUUACCAGGUUGCAAGAGGAGAAGGCAGCCCUCCAGAUGGAUGCUCUACAGUACUUAAGAAUGAUGGAAGAACAAGCAGAGUAUGAUCUUGAGGAAUUGGAUAAAUCUAACAAUCUCCUGGCCGAAAAGGAAAAGGAGAUACAAGAUUUGGAAGCAGAUCUUGAAUAUUUUCGGUUAAAGUACCCACAUGAACCAAUGAUGCAGACUAUACAGAUGGAUAAUCUUAAUUUGAAAAAGGAAAAUGUUAAUGGGGAGAGUUUGAACCAUAUUGAAGGUCAUGCCAAUGUAGCUUGUAACUCAAUGUACUCUGAGGUCUCUAAGUCCAGAGGUAAACCUGAUACUGACACGUUUUCAUGGUCAGAGUUUGAAAAUGAAAAGUUGUACAUAAUGAAAUCUUUGGAUAGCUUGGAGAGGAAAUUUCAUAUGUUUGCUUAUAACGGGGUUGUGCAUGACAUGUCUGAUGGUCCAUAUUCUGAAGCAGCAGCUGACGAUGUGCACAAUCAAGGAGAACCUCUUGAUGAGGAGGGAAACUCAUCAAGUUGUUUGACACAAAAGAAGAGUUUAUCAAUAAAUAAAGAUUUGCCUCUAUCUAAUGGAAGCAUUCCUGCUCAAGAAAGAUUGAAUUCUACAGCUGGUGAAGCUCAAGUUAUUAGUGAAGGAAACAGCUUUGUUUCAAACGGGAAAAAAGACUUCACUCAUUGUAGAGAAAAUGAUGUGGUUGCUCUUGAAAAUGAAAUUAUAUACCUCAGUGAUCGGUUGAAAGCACUCAAGGAUGAUUGCGACUUUCUUGAGCAUACUUUUAAAUUUCUUCAGAAUGGGGAUGAGGGGCUGUCAUUCAUUCAAGAAAUUGCUUGUCGGCUGCAAGAAAUACGAAGAAUAGCGAUACAGAGUAGAUGCAGAUCUGUUGGUUGAGUUUACAUAAAUCAUUACUGGUUAAGCAUAUUGACAGAAUAUAUACUUGAGCUGUGAGGUCAGGAAUUCGGUUUUUCUUUUUAUGCGUCUCUUUGUGGUGCCAUUUUUUUUUCAUAUAAUAUCAUUCCAUAUUAAGCUCGUCCCUGAAAUAUGCAUGCCAAGUUCCUUUUCAGGAUUCUGCUUUUGCACUACAUAUUUGUUUCAUGUUUUUUGUAGUUGGAACCAAAAAUAGGAUCAAAGAAAAGAGAAAAAAGAAAAAUAAAUGUUAUAAGUUUGUUGUUGAUGAAUUAGUGAUGUUGCAUGUAUUUUUUGGCAUUUGUAAAUUGAUACAAGUUUUAGGAUACACAGAUGUAAAGCCUAUUAUUGUAAAUUACUCUGGCUCUGCUUUUGACUUUAUUGUCCUGUUUCUUUAUGAUACAGUUAUGGGAAAAUUUUCAA